AGUACUACCGCAGCCUCCUUCUGAUACUAGUAAUACUACUACUACUACUACUGCCAUAAUAAUAAUAAUACAUUUCAUUUGGAGCACCUUUCAAGAUACCCUAGGAGAAUUUACAGGGCAGAAGAGUAAUAUACCGUAGUAGUACUGCUACCACUACAGCUGCAAGACACAGACUGGUGGUUCAUUGAGUCAGUCUGAAGAUGAGGGCUGCCAUCUCACUGCUGACGCUGCUGUUCUCCAUGUGUGGAGCGGAACCUCUGAGCACCCAGACUGAAGUCUCCAAGCAAGUUGACAUCUAUGCUGAGCUGAAGGAACUCAGAGACAUGGUGGUGGAGCAGAGAACCAUUCUGAAAUCUAAUCAGGACGAGCUGAAGAAAAUGGAGGCUGAAAACGCAGCAAUGAAGCAAAGACUUGUGACCAGUGAGCAUAAGGUCGUAGCUCUGGAAAAGGUGACUGCAGCCCAAGAGAAGGAGAUUAGAGCAGCACCCAAAGUGGCCUUCUCAGCAGCUCUGAACUCAGGCUACAUACAGGCUGGAGCUACUGACUUGAAUGUGGUCUUUCCUAGAGUCAUCACCAAUGUUGGAGGGGCUUACAGCAGUGUGUCUGGCUUCUUCACAGCUCCAGUCAAGGGGGUCUACUACUUCAGGUUCACUGUCAGAGAUAAUCUAGACUCUCGCUGGAUGAUCAUUUACAUGCAUAAGAAUGGAGAGGUGGUAUUGGGGUUGGCUGAGUAUGAAUCUGAUGGUCAUCAGUCCUAUCUGUCCAGCGGAGUGACUCUGCAGCUGGAGGUGGGAGAUAAAGUCAACCUGAAACUUUCAGCAGGCUACAGGCUUUUUGAUAGCCAAAAUACACACUGUAUCUUCAGUGGCUUCCUGCUCUUCCCUCUCUGAAUCAAAAACAAGAGUGUUAACAUUGCUAGGAUAUUAAACAAAAGUCCCAGCUUUGUAACACCAAUGAAGGCUUGAAUAAACAAAAUGUGUUGCAAUCAUCUCUUGUUUUCUAUGCACAAAUACAUUUCUAUAAUGUGACGUGUGUGCUUGCCCAGGUGAAACAGUAGUACAGUUGAGUAUAAUAGAAACACGACUGAAGUGUACUUAGCAUGUUAAAAGUGCACUCAUACUUUUGUGCUAAGAAAAAGUAUGUUUACAAUGUGCUUAUUUGAAGUGUACUUUAAAUUACAGUAGAUGUAAUUAAGUUGCUCUCAAAUAAAGUAGAUUUGCAUACAAUUGUCAUAGCAUACAGCUUUUGCACUUUUUGAAGGCACACUAUGAUUAUACUUCACCCAAAUGUCUUCAAAGUGUGAUUUUAUUAAGUGCAUUUGAAGUACAUCACUGAUAAGUGAUUAUACUGUACUUUCUUAAGGUGGACCACGAUUAUAUUUCACCAAAAUGUCCUCAAAGUGUGAUAUUACGAAGUGCAUU